UCACCACCUUUUCCUGUCCCCUCUCUCUCUCUCUCUCUCUCUCUCUCUCUCUCUCGGUGUCUUCUCUGCUCUAUUGCUUUCUUUCCCUCACAUCAACGAUCGGUCUUUUUUGUGGGGCGAUAUGGAUAUCGACUUGACGCCGAAGCUGUCGAAGAAAUCGUACGGCGGGGAUGGGGGCGCGUACUACGCGUGGUGCAGCGACGAUCUCCCGAUGCUCCGCGCGGCCGGCAUCGGCGCCGGGAAGCUCGCGCUGGAGAAGAGUGGCUUGGCCCUCCCCUUCUACUCCGACUCCUCCAAGGUCGCCUACGUCCUCCAAGGUGGUGGAACUUGUGGAAUUGUGCUCCCAGAGGCCACAAAAGAGAAGGUAAUUGCAAUCAAGAAGGGUGAUGCUAUUGCCCUUCCCUUUGGAGUAGUGACCUGGUGGUUCAACCCCAGUGACACCGAGCUCGUGGUACUCUUCUUAGGAGACACUUCAAAGGGCCACAAGGCCGGUCAAUUCACCAACUUUCCAAUCACUGGUGGCAAUGGAAUCUUCACUGGUUUUACCGCCGAGUUCGUUGGCCGUGCCUGGGACCUCACUGAAGAUGAGGCAAAGAAACUCGUCCACAGCCAAACCAUUGUUGGCAUUGUCAAGGUGAAGGACGGGCAAGCCAUGCCUGAGCCUUCGGCCAAAGACAGGGAGGGCAUGGUUCUCAACUGCUUGGAGGCACCUCUGGAUGUCGACAUCAAAAAUGGGGGCUGUGUUGUGGUGCUGAACACCAAAAAUCUUCCCCUGGUAGGAGAGGUUGGGCUUGGUGCUGAUCUUGUGAGGUUGAAUGGCCAUGCCAUGUGCUCCCCUGGAUUCUCCUGCGACUCUGCAUACCAGGUGACCUAUGUGGUUAGAGGGAGUGGUCGUGUGCAGGUUGUUGGUGUCGACGGCAAGCGCGUCCUGGAGACAACUGUGAAAGGUGGUUGUCUGUUCAUCGUGCCAAGGUUCUUCGUCGUGUCAAAGAUUGCUGAUGCUGAUGGACUGGAAUGGUUCUCCAUCAUCACCACUCCAAACCCGGUAUUCACUCAUCUGGCCGGAAAGACAUCUGUGUGGAAGGCAAUAUCGUCGGAAGUGCUGCAGGCUGCAUUCAAUACCACCCCUGAGAUGGAGAAGCUGUUCAGAUCCAAGAGGACCUCUGAUGAAAUCUUCUUCCCUCCUCCUAAGUAAGCCAGAACUCGGCUGCCGUAGUCACCUUUAAAUAAGUUCGGUCCAACACCAUGUCAAGUUUGUGCUAAUCUUUGUUUCUAAUAAUGGCGACAUGUUCUUUGAAUGCUCAAGGCAUGCUCUAAAACCUCAUCAGUGUAAUUAGAUACUGUUUUUAGCAGUCUUUUUCUGUCUCUUUCAA